AUGGAUACCGGAAUCCCAUCAAAGAUACUCUCGAGAGGUCCAAAGCGAGCAAGGACAGAGGCUGAUGAGUCUGACGAAGGAUCGAAUGGAAGGAACAGACAUCGUGUCACAAGAGCCUGCAAUGAAUGCCGCAGACGUAAAGACCGCUGUGGUGGUCAAAGGCCUUCAUGUAAGUCUUGCGCCGACAACGACCGUGUUUGCAGCUAUGGUCCAUCCAAGAAACGCGGCCUUCGCCCUGGUUACGUCAGAGCCAUCGAAGUCUUGCUGGGGUUAAUCAUCACCACAAUCGAGGGUAGUGAAGCCUGGAUAUGCGGGCUACUUCAAGGCAAGACCGAACGAAGUUCUUUCCGCCCGGCCUUACUCAAAGUUCGGGAAUCCGAUAUGUCUGUCGAUUUCUUACUUGAAACAUGGCGUAAAUGCAGUUUGGCCAAAGAAGCUGGAAAUCUCCUUGCGUCAGAGGGCUUAGAAACUGAUGAAGAUGGCGCCGACUCAACUCGGUUCUUUGAUACAAAAGUAGUCGAAGCCAUUGCGUUAUCUCAGUCAUCGAAAGAUGACGAUGCGAAUGCCCUCUUGACGCCGAUGAAUACGGACACCACACCACAAGGAAUGACACUCUUCGACUCACCUCCUACGCCAGUCGUCUCAGCCCAUCCCUCUAAUCAUUAUGUAGAGGUAGAAUCACAGGUAUCCACUGCCCCUCAACAGAACGUCCCUACAUCAGACAGUACUAGAUCAUCUCUGUCACUCAUACCUCAACUACCUACGAACUGGCCAUACCUCAUGGACGUCUACUUCGAAACCACGCAUAGUUGGUUACCCAUUUCCCAGAAGCACGAGCUUCUACGUACAGCGUACACAGUAGCAAAUAACCCAUCAAAGUCUGCCAAUUCACCCUCACCCGGAGAAUUAGCCUUCUUACAUGCUGUACUCAUAUACGCCUCCCAUCAAGCUAGCACCAUAGAAAACAUAUCGAAACCGUCACUCGACCAUAACUAUCGAGUUGGAUCGCUGCAAGCUUUGACUCGAUCUUCUUUAUUUUCUGACCCCGUCGCUUACGAUCUGGGUCAUAUCAAAACAUUCCUCAUACUAUCUUUGCAUGAGAUGGAUUGCAAGAACUGGACGGAUGCUUGGAUCGCUAUCGGUCGCGCAGUAUAUACAGCAACAUCACUCGGGCUUAUUUCACGAAACUCGACCGAAGAACAAUUAUUAUACGGUGAUGACGUUAAAAGGACUGUCUUGGGAUGUGUGGCACUGGAGACCAUUAUUGCAUCACGACUGGGCACUGUAACUUGUUUACAAUCCUCGGAUAUCUCGCCUCAAACUCUUCUUACGACUGACGGAAUAGAAGAGUGGGAGCCAUGGCAGCCUAGGAUUCUAGUAGACACCAGAGCCAUUGCAGAUCGGCAGGUAUCAGAUCCUCAUGCGCCUGGACAUGUGAUAAGCACUUUCAACAGACUACUCCAGGUCAUAUCUCAGCUGAACGACUUGACCCAUAAGCAAAGGCGACCUUUAUCAGAUAAAGAUCUAGACGAAAUGAUGCUUACGUGUCAGCAAAAUCUCGUCGAGGACCCUCCAAUUACUGCUGAUAUACCUCCCCAAAAGCUAUGCCUUUGGAUGGCCACUGUUGCUACACACGAGAUUGCAUCAGCAGAACGUCUGGCCUCACAUGGCAUAAGCUCGUGGCGUCCAGAUGGUUACUGGAGGAGCAUCGCAUCCUUCGUGAACCUGAUAGAGAUCCGAGUCCGCUCCAUGGGACGUUGCUCCGUAUCACCUGUGGUCCAGAGCUGUUUGGAACUUUUACAGAAGGCCAUCGGUCGACACCAUUUGCAGUAUACAGGUACUGACGUUCAAGAUGAUUUUAAUCUCCUUCAGCGACAUAUCGAUACAUCUAUGGGUUCAUUGGAAGUCAUCUUCAAUGAAGAGCCCCAUAUAGACGUUGGCUCAAUCAAUCAAGCAAGAACUAACGUACCAGAGUCAAUACAUCCUGCAUUAAGAAAUGAACCUAUACAACCUCGAGCAAAUACAAUCUCCGAUAUACCAGCUACGACUUUGGCACUGAGUACGCAACUAGAAGUCAUUCAUUCUUCAACAGCACAGGAUGGUGUCUCGACAGCCAGUUUGCCCCGACCACUCGCAUUGGAAGACAGCGCGACUUUUGAUGCGACAAGACUUACCUCGAGGGACGAUUUGGAGGACGACGGUCUGUUUGAUAGCCUUGCGACAUUGGAUUCAACCGACUGGUUGGCUAACCCUCCUGAGUUUAUGCAACACCUUGGCCUACUUGACAACCCAUCGAGUAGUAUGGAUAACAUCUUUGAUAUGGAGUUUUGA